GACAGAGAAAGAGAGGGAAAAUCCACAGCAGCUCUCUCCUCCAGGUUCCCACUCCCUCGUCAUUGCGAGCGAGGAGAGGACGAGUUUGCCACAGCUGCAGCAGCAGAUGUUUGACGGGACUUUUUCAUUCUCCUUUGAGGAAGCCGAGGUCGAUAACGAGGAUGACUGAACGCCGCACGCACUAAGAACCACGUGCACAAUUGACAGCUGAAACCAGGAGACACCAUGAACACCACGGGACAUCUUGGACUUAUCCAAGCCUUCCAAAACAGGACCCAAACUGUGGCCACUUUGCCACUUCACAAAGACCUGUCGGCCGAGGACAAGGACUCAUCUGCGGGAUGUUACGAGCAGCUGCUGAUCUCCACGGAGGUUUUCCUCACGCUGGGCAUCGUCAGCCUGCUGGAGAACAUCCUGGUCGUCGCCGCCAUUGUCAAGAACAAGAACCUUCACUCGCCGAUGUACUUCUUCAUCUGCAGCCUCGCUAUCGCGGACAUGCUCGUCAGCGUCUCCAACGCCUCAGAGACCAUCGUCAUUGCGCUCAUCAACGGCGGCAACCUGACCAUUCCCGUGGCGCUGAUCAAAAGCAUGGACAACGUCUUCGACUCGAUGAUCUGCAGCUCUCUGUUGGCGUCCAUCUGCAGCCUGCUCGCCAUCGCCGUCGACCGCUACAUCACCAUCUUCUACGCGUUGCGAUACCACAACAUUGUCACGUUGCGGCGAGCCGUGCUGGUCAUCAGCAGCAUCUGGACGUGCUGCACCGUGUCGGGCAUCCUCUUCAUCAUCUAUUCAGAGAGCACCACUGUGCUCAUCUGCCUCAUCACCAUGUUCUUCACCAUGCUGGUUCUCAUGGUGUCACUGUACGUCCACAUGUUCCUUCUGGCCCGGCUGCACAUGAAGCGGAUCGCGGUGCUGCCGGGCAACGCGCCCAUCCAGCAGCGCGCCAACAUGAAAGGCGCCAUCACGCUCACCAUCCUCCUGGGCGUGUUCGUGGUGUGCUGGGCGCCGUUUUUCCUCCACCUCAUCCUCAUGAUCACCUGCCCCAGGAACCCGUACUGCACCUGCUUCAUGUCCCACUUCAACAUGUACCUCAUCCUCAUCAUGUGCAACUCGGUCAUCGACCCCAUCAUCUACGCUUUCCGAAGCCAAGAGAUGAGGAAAACCUUCAAAGAGAUCUUCUGCUGCUCGCACGGGUUCCUGUGUGUGUGAGACGUCAGCGCGGCUUCAAUCUCGAUGCUCGGAGCUUUAAAUGAAAGUUGGCCAACAGGGACUUUGAUGUUUGGGGCUGUAAUAUCUGCUGCUGCUGCUGCUGCUGCUGCUCUCACAGUGGCUUUAAAUGAUUGAUGAGUACGACGUUUGCCCCUGGCAUCAUGAGUCAGGUUUGCUUAUUGAGGACGUACGUUUACAGAACACCUUGUAAUAUAGAGGAUUGAUCUGCAGAUAAAUGCUUUCUGCUGCUUUGCUCUCAAGUGCAAUUUGAAGUCAAUAUGACCAGCAUAUAUGUAAAGAAAAAUCAAAACCAUCAUGAUUACCUUAAGGAAAUGUAUGUAUUAUAGUACUCUGAGGUGAUUGUUCAGGGGUUUUAUUUUGUUGUUGUAUGAGGUACAGACGACUCACUCUCGACAACCGCUUAACAAAAGACUUAUGUCACUGCUUUACCUCAUUGUUCGACAGACUUUUCCAACAGGAAACUGAACUUUAGAUAUUGCCACACCAAAGUCCACAGAGGAAAAUCAUCGGAUUUACAUCACGGCACACAGAGGAGUUGUUGAUCCACUGCCGCCUCCAUCGAUAAGUCUGAAUGUGUUGUUUUGUGACUUGGGUGUUUAAAAUCCUUUGUUUGGAAUUCACCUCAGUGGCAGCGCCUGUGUCCCUGAGAGCUAAACACACUGGUUUUCUCGAUGGAAUUUGGUGAAAAAUGCUGUCUAAUGGCAAGAAAAUAACAUGAGACGAACGGGACAAUACAUUAUCUUUAAGACAACGUAGACUUAAGAUGGUGUAGAUUUGAUGAAUUGAGCCUUUUGUUCAGUGGCUAAAAAUCUGUCAGUACCUCAAAAAAAAUCCUGAAUUAUCCCUGCAGCUUAAAAACUUUAAUGCCAUAGUGCAUGUACUUUAUACAGUAAAUAUAACAUUAUAUCUGAAACUACCUCCUUGUUUGAGGAUGUAAUUCACCUCAGAACGGAGAACAUGAGGGUAUUUUUACACACUGGUACGUUAGUCCCUGACAUCUACAGACCAAGCACUUUAUUCCUGGAGAUCACUUAACAUUCAAUGGAUUUUUUUUUGCAGUUGACUUUUAUUCCUGGUCAUGGAGCUUUAUCCUGCUGGACGUGAGCUUAAGAAUAUAGAAAACAACUCUCAGUUUGACCUGUGCGAAGCAGAACGAUGACUAAUUGGGUUUUAAUGGACCCAGUUUAACGGCACAUGACCGUCACCACCAGCCUGCACUGUUGGCGUGACCCUACGAGGUUUGACUCUCCCAGAGUUGUGUCGUGAAACUCCCAACAUGAAUGUUUGUUCUGUACAUUUCUGACCAGAGAACUGCUGCUGCUCACUGGACAUUUCUCACAUCAAUAUGGGUAAAAAAAAAAGAAAAGAAGCAACAACUCAAAACUGUAUUUGAGUAAAAAACAACAACAGUUUAUUAAGUGCUUAGCACAUGGAUAAUUCGAUUUAUAAGCAGGUUUACAGGAGUUUCUAACAGAUUUCUGGUGUAAAUACAGUGUAUGUUCUUUUUGUUCAGCAUUACAAUGAAAGUAACAACAAAGCACUUAAGCGUGUUUGUGCCAAUCAUGAGGUCAAGCGGUCAGAGUUAGUGGGAACAUUUAUUAUUUUUGCCAUAUUAGACAUCAAUUUAUGGAAAAAAAAUAUUUAUUUUUAAGUGUUUUUUUGGGUUUUAAUCUGUAAAUAGUGUAAGGGUAGAAAAAAAAGAAUAAAUACUAUGUUGUAUUUGUUUCUCAGCUGUUUUUGAACGUUUACGCACAAGAUUUUGUUGUUAAAAUGUGGGGUUUGUAAAAUACCCUGAAUGUACAAAAACAACACAUCUACAGUACAAUUUUAAAACCGGAAACCUGAAUAAUGUGAGUUCUUUUUGUUAUAGCUCCUGUGUUUUGGCUAACUUAGCCUUUGGCAUGUCAUUUAGCCGACGCUUUUAUCCAAAGCGACUUACAACGGAAUUGAGUACAAUCAGCCAGGGGUGGAGUCGAACUUGCGACCAUUGCUACCAUGAUGUCUUUCGCACACAGAGUACCGGUCUUAACCACUGAGCCACUCCACCCCUUACUUAAACGAAGUACAUCACAGUUUCCAUAAAAAGUUGUAUAUUCAGGGGUUAAUGUUAACGUUAUAACGAGGUCCGCUAACAGGCUAAUCUAGUCCAUUUUGAUGAACUCCUUAUACUGUAUUUUAUAGAUAAAAACCUGUAUACUUGUGUUACUUGUAAAUGUAACCGGCCAAUACCUGGCUGGGGUUAAUGCUUGAGCUAACCAACAGCCAAGUGAACAUUUACUCACAUAAACACAACUGGAGACUUCUCAGCUAGGGGUUAAAGCUAGUGCUAACCGACAGGCAUGUUAAUAUUUAGUAGUGUUACUUGUGUUGUAAACACAUUUGGCUACUUUUGGCUGGGGCUAAUGCUAGACCUAACCAACAGCCUAUUGACUUGCAUUACUUUUGUUGUAAAUACAUUUGGCUACUUUUGGCUGGGGCUAAUGCUAAAGCUAACCAAUGGCUAUGUCAAUAUUUAUUAGCAUUACUUGUGUUGUAAAUGCAACCGGCUACAUGGCUGGGGCUAAUGCUAGAGCUAACCAACAGCCUAUUGACUUGCUUACAACUUAUCUUGUAAACACAACCACCUACUUGGCUGGGGCUAAUGCUAAAGCUAACCAACAGCUAUGUCAAUAUUUGCUAGCAUUACUUGUGUUGUAAACGUAACCGGCUAUCACUACUACUAAUUCUAAAUUGUUUUUGCUAAUUCUUAUCUUCGACUAAGGCUAAUGCUGAAGUUGGCCUACAACCAAUUCAUCAUUUGCUUGCAUUAUUUGUGUUGUGAACUGGCUACUGCUCAGCUGAGGCUAACACUAGCACUGCUAACAAACAGCUAUGUGAAUAUUGAGACAAAACAAUGUUUAGUUAAAUUGUUGCUGUUUUUUCCCCAAAAUUUUUGGCGUAAUUUUCUUGUUGACUCAUGGUGCACGCAUACACGGCAACUGUCGAUCUAGAGUUUGCGAUAUUGCCUCACGCUAAAGUUCAAUUAUUUAAACUCAAGCGUCUGAAUUAUCGCUGAGCGAACACUAAAUUUAGAGUUAUUUUACCAAAUUUUUACUCCCCCCAAAAAGUGACUAUAAUUUGAAUUAAAACAACAUUUCCUCUGAAUAACCUAGUGAAACCUCAGAUUCCUGUUGAUUUCCAACCAGAGCUCUUGUGAAUUUGCACACAAGUCGUUCGCAUCACGCACAUGUGAAUGCACAGAAAUCUAUUUUUCCAUCACGUAUGUAUCUUCAUGUUUGUGUCGUGAAGCUUUUGACCCUCGCCUUAAACACUGUGUGUUGCACUGUGACGUAACGAGCGACCACAUUCUCGCUAUUUGGAGCAAAUGCUAUUUUCAAAAUUGCCUUAUUUAUCCACUUGCUUCUGCCUUUUUAAACUUGAGAAAGUGCUUCAUUCUGAGCUCGUGAGACACACGAAGCAUAAAUGGGUUUGUUUCAAAAAGCUUGGAGUCAUUUGUGCUAAAUGGAAGAUGUUUGCUUGACGAAUACGUCCUUUGUUGACUUUAAUAAAUCAGAUC